AUGAACUUAUCUAAGGGGCCAUUGGUGAACAGCAGCAGUGAAGAUAACUCCAAGUCAGCUUAUGGUAAAUGUGGCGCUGGCGCCUGGAGGAUGCACCAGAGCUACGAUCCGCUAGAGGCCAACCACAUGAGAGACGCACAUGCCCUCUACAACCCCAGGCUUCUCUGCAGAAUGUCCAGUAAGGAGCGUCACCUUGAUUCCAGUUGUCCAUCCUCUUAUAUAAAGACUGAGCCAUCGAGUCCUGCCUCCCUGACUGACAGUCUAAACCAUCACUCCCCUGGUGGCUCCAGUGACGCCUCAGGCUCAUAUUCUUCCACAAUGAACGGCCACCCUAACGGCUUAGACUCCCCAAGCCUUUAUGGUUCCAACGCUGGACCCCUGGGACCUGCUGGUGGUCCUGGUUCAAAGCGUUAUGAGGACUGUUCAUCAACGAUCGGGGAAGAUUCACAAAUCAAGUGCGAAUACAUGUUGAAUUCCAUGCCCAAGAGGUUGUGUCUGGUCUGCGGAGACAUUGCGUCAGGGUACCACUAUGGAGUGGCCUCAUGUGAGGCCUGCAAGGCCUUCUUCAAACGCACUAUUCAAGGCAACAUUGAGUACAGCUGUCCAGCCACCAAUGAGUGUGAGAUCACCAAGAGGAGACGCAAGUCAUGCCAGGCCUGCCGCUUCAUGAAGUGUCUGACUGUCGGCAUGCUGAGGGAGGGAGUACGCCUGGACAGGGUUCGUGGUGGAAGACAGAAAUAUAAACGCCGGAUAGAUGCAGACAACAGCCCGUACCUGAAUCCACAGCUGGCUUUGCCUCCAAAGAAGCCAUAUAACAAAAUCGUCUCUCACUUGCUUGUGGCCGAGCCAGAGAAGAUUUAUGCCAUGCCUGACCCUACUGUACCAGACAGCGACAUCAAGGCCCUGACUACGCUGUGUGAUCUGGCCGACAGAGAACUGGUGGUCAACAUCGGUUGGGCCAAACACAUUCCG